CUUUCCAUGUAUUACCUCAAAUAAAAGUCGAUUGGAAAAAACUUCACAUUCAGACUGUAUCAACUCAAACAAACAGUCCAAUCUCUUCCUCUUCAUCCUCCUUUUCCGGUGAAACAACCACUGAUUCCGGUGGAGAAGAGGAAUGUCACAACCAAAUAAUUUAUGAGCCAAUGAUCUCGGUAGGUGGAUUUUGUGAGGGAGAAAUCAAUGGAAAACCAUUUCACAUCUUCAAUUUCUUCUUACAAACAGACUCUCCAACCUCCUCCAGUGAAGCAACCAUCGAUUCCGGUGACCAAGACUUCCCUCCUUUUCAACCUCUUUUCAUCUGCCCUUCUUUUCGUAAAACUAGAGAAUGGUAUGCUCUAACGCCGGAGAAUCCUGAUGGCAGUGACUUUCUACCGGUGGAUGUUUUCCCUUAUCCUUACUUCUUUAACAAGAGAAGCGGUGAUCAACAAUUUCGGUUUUUGAUUGGCUCCAGCGUCUAUCAUCAUACUUGUAAGCUCCCUCUGGUCCCUCUCUUUUGGUGCAACAAUCAAGAGUGUAUGCCAAUAUAUAAGGAAUUUCGUUGCGGUCUAUGCCAAAGCUCAAAGCUCAGCACAGAUUAUUAUUUAUGUGUUACAUGUUAUCGAAAAUUCCACAAAGAAUGCAUAGAGUCUCCACUUGAGAUCAAACACCCUUCUUACCCUUUCCUUUCUCUCAAACUUUACCAUCCUUCUGACAACAGUGUCGGCAAGUGGCCUUGCUUCUGUUGUCAAGAAGUCAUCUUUCAAAAGCUUUAUUAUUGCCCUACCAACAAAUUAAUGAUGCAUCCAGUUUGUGCGAUGAAGCCAAUACCCAUCGUUAUUGACCACCCAAAAAGACAUCUUCACCCUCUCACUUUUUUCCCUAAACAAAAUUCUUUAGCGUGCGAUGUUUGUGGCCUUGUCAAAGAGCAUUUCCCCACGUAUGUUUGUGCUCGGUGUGUCUUCGUAGUGCAUAAAGAUUGUAUCUACCACCCGUAUGUCAUAAGAAUAUCUCGUCACCACCACCGUGUCUCCUUUACCUCCUCUCCUCCAUCCAAAAAAUUGUCUUGCGGUGUGUGUCGUCGAAAGGUUGACAGCAGCUAUGGAGCAUACGCUUGCAACAAGUGUGAUGACUAUUUUGUUCAUACAAAAUGCGCAUUGCGAAAAGACUUGUGGGAUGGGAAAGAGCUAGAGGGAAUACCUGAAGAACCUGAGAUAGUUGUUGAGCCAUUGGAGAGGAUAAGUGAUGGGGUAAUACUCCAUUUUUCUCAUGAUCAUCGUCUGAAACUCGAGAUCAGUGGAGCUUACGAUGAAGAAAAGUUUUGUCAAGGGUGCAGCCUUCCAAUCUACGAGGGUAGCUACUAUUUGUGUAUGGAUCAAUGCGACUUCAUCCUCCACGAAGCGUGUGCCAAUGAGCCUUGCAAAAAACAACAUGCGAUAUAUGCCCACUCGCUUACACUGAACGUUGGCAAUAUAAGAUUUUGGGGUGACUUAGGUUACUUCUAUUGCAUGGCUUGUGGACGUUUAAGUACUGGUUUCGCCUAUGAGGAUCCCAAGGAUCGUAAUGGUUUCAAAUUAGACUUACGGUGUGCUACGGUUUCUGAACCAUUUCAGUAUAAAGGCCAUGAACAUCCCCUGUUCUUAGCUUUAAUGCCCGAAGAAGAAGAGUCAGCAAUAUGUCAAAUCUGCCAAGAAGAGGGUGAAGAAAUAGAUAAUCAUGAUAUUCGAAAACUACUAACUUGCAUCGAAUGCAAUUAUAUCAUAUGUUUUAGAUGUGCUACUUUACCAUACAAGGCAAGGUAUAAGUAUGAUAACCAUUUCCUCAUAUUUCGGAAAAAAGAAGAGGGGAAUGAUCAUCAUGGCUGGUGUGAUAUAUGCGAAAGCAGAAUAGUAUAUUCAAGAAAAGGAGGGUUCUAUUCGUGCGAUGACUAUUGCUCCACCACUGUCCAUGUUGAUUGUCUGCUUGGGAAACACCCGUACGUGAAACCUGGUCAGAUGUUGUACAUGCGGAGGGAUCUUGUUAUUCUUCACAACAAGACCAUGUCUCGCCCAAUUUGCCAUGGUACAGAGCACCGUUGUCAAGAUAAAGUAGUUUUCAAAAAGAAAAACAUGACAUUUUGUUCUUUACGUUGUACUUAAUUAGAGAUAUAUAUAAUAUCAUCCUCAGUCGUUUUUGCCAACUUAUUCGUCUCAAUGUCCACUACAUAAUCCUUUUUGUUCUUUAUGCUUUCUAAUCCUUUUUCGUUCUUUGGGGGUUAAAACGCUUUGUAAUAUUCCUCAAGAAGUGUAGUUUUUUAUAUAAUAUUUCUUUUCGUCGUU